CAGGCGGAGACCCGGGCCGAGAGCGAGCCGGCCGCGGCGGCCUCCCGGCGGAGGGGCCGGGCCAGGAGCGCGCUGCGCUGGUUCUCCACCGCGGUCCUGAAUGCCGCCUUCCUGGGGCUGGGAAUGAGUGUUGCUAUCCUGGGACCCACAUUUCAAGACCUGGCAGCAAACGUGAACAGAAAUAUCAGCAGCCUGUCUCUGAUAUUUGUGGGUCGUGCCUCUGGGUUCUUGUGCGGUACCACGAUUGGCGGGAUUCUCUUUGACCACAUGAAUCAGUUCUUUCUUUUGGGGCUGUCAAUGGUUGCAACAGCGGCGGGCCUUUAUCUCAUCCCGUUCUGCAAGACGGCACUCAUACUGAUCAUCACCAUGUCUGUCUUUGGGGCUUCCGUGGGCGUUGUGGAUACAGGUGCAAACGUCCUCAUCUUGGCUCUUUGGGGAGACAAAGGAGCUCCACACAUGCAGGCCUUGCACUUUAAUUUUGCCUUGGGUGCCUUCCUGGCUCCCCUGCUGGCUAAACUGGCCUGGGGGACAACAGCAUCCGCUCAGAACCACACAGAGACAGACUUUGUCCCUCUGAUGCUGAACCAAUCCUCUGGAGCCAUCUCAGACUCUCUGUUUGCGGUGCCUGAGGACAUGAACCUGCUGUGGGCAUACGCCUCCAUCGGCACCUACAUUUUAGUAGUCUCUGUCUUCCUGUUUGGUCUGUUUUGUAAGAAACGCUCAAGGCAGAAAAAAUCCACAGCAUCCGCUGAGGGAGGUCGAAGAGCUAAAUAUCACAAGACCCUGCUCUGUCUCCUCUUCUUCUUCUUUUUCUUCUAUGUUGGAGCUGAGAUAACUUUUGGCUCUUACGUUUUCUCCUUCGCCACCACCCAUGUUGGCAUGGAAGAAAGUGAAGCAGCCGGCUUGAACUCUGUCUUCUGGGGGACCUUUGCAGCCUGCAGGGGCCUGGGCAUCGUCUUUGCGACACUCUUACAGCCUGGAACCAUGAUCGUGUUGAGUAACAUUGGCAGUCUUGUCUCAACUUUCUUUCUGGUGCUUUUUCACAAGAGCCCUCUUUGUCUCUGGAUCGCAACGUCUGUGUAUGGGGCCUCCAUGGCAGUCACGUUUCCCAGUGGCGUUUCCUGGAUCGAGCAGUACACCAGCCUAAGUGGAAAAUCCACGGCAUUCUUUGUAAUUGGUGCCGCUCUGGGAGAUAUGGCGAUUCCUGCAGUAAUCGGAAUUCUUCAAGGACACUACCCAGAACUUCCCAUCGUUCUUUAUACAUGUCUGGGGUCAGCCAUAUUCACUGCUGUUUUAUUUCCUGUGAUGUAUAAAUUAGCCACCUUACCCCUGGAACGCCAGCGCAAAGGGAAAAGAAAAGGCGAGGACCAGAAAGCCCUGUCCAUUAGUUCAGGCUAUGAGCAACAGACUGAACAGGAAGAUACAACAACUAAAAACUGGAAUGAAAUGGAUUUUGAAGUGGUUGGAAUGAGUGACCCAAUGAGGCCAUCUGUAACAGGGUCAUCUAGAGAUGUUCUGCCAGAACCCACACAAGUGCCCCUCUACUGAGUCCUCCACAAUCCCCCGAGGCACUCCUGGACAAAGGGGACAUAUACUUAGAGAGAAUGAGUCGCUUAAUGACUUCACUGAAUAAAGAGUUCAAUCAA